AUGGCGAGCUCCGUCCCCGAUAACGUUUUGGUCAUGCCCCAUGACGUGGCCUCGUACGGCGAGUCCAUUGGCCCCGUCGACUACGGCUGCGUGCGGCGGUACCGCCACCGCCGGCUCCUCACCUUCCUCUGGCUCCACGGCUUCCGCGACGCGCUCCGAGGGCUGCUCAACGAGACAGACGCGCUCAUGAGCGUCGAACACCUGUCGCGCCUCGUGCAGCAGGGCCUGUGGGACGACGCCGUCAGCUACGUUUCGCGCUUCCUGCGACCGGUCACGCACCCGCAGAGCGACGAGGCCCAGGUGCUCAUCCACUUCAUCAGGCACCACAGGGCCUUCGCCGGCAUGGUCGCCGGAGAGAAAAACCGCGACAUCAAGUACUUCAACUACAAGUACAACUCACGGUACCUCAAGCAUGACGACUCCGUCUCCCACGACGCCCUCAGGCUCCGUUCCCUCGUCCUCUCCCUUCUCCACUCCGAACGAGUCAGGGCCUCACUGGACUGGGAGCGCGUUCGUCACAAGGCCUCUCUCAUCGUCCAAGACUUGGCUUAUAAGGCUCCUGAGCUCAAAGACCUGGCCCUGUUCCCGGCUGGAUCAAUGAUGCCACACGAUGUACUUCCCAUCGGAUUCAGAUACCGUCGGAGGCGCUACGUCAAGGAACAAGACCUGCCAGGAUCUAAAACUCUGACCAAGAUCUUCCUUAAGAUCAAGAAGAGGCUACCAUCGUCAACUCGCAGUCACGAGUUAAACAGUGGAUUGACAGACAAGACAAGGAAGUGGCUGGUAGAUAUUCUUGAUGAAAGUUUACAAGCUGGUAGUCUGGAACUUCAAUCAAGUGGGAAGGAAGGUGUUCCAGGUGCUACAGUAUCGCACACCAUGUUGAAUACCUUGACAGAUCUUACUAGAAACUCUGUGUCUGGGACCUCUUCACUGGCAAAUGCAGAUCCUCCUGUUGCUCCAAUUUUGCAGCCUAUGCCUUGUACAUUGACAGUUCCUGAUAAAAUAUCCGGUGCUCCUGUUGCUUCAAUCUCACAGACUGCGAACUUGACAAGUCAUGCUGGAAACUCUGGGAUCUCGGCAGUGAUAAAUGAAAGUGUCAAAGACUGAAACUGGAGCUAGAGCUGGCACGCACACUAGUAUUUUCCUGCAAGGUCCUCAGCAUAAACUUGAGCACACCUAGCUAAUGGUGGC